AUGCCAACUCCUUAUGUAUCAACUGCGCCGUAUUUGGUGGAAUACCCUUAUGAGUAUCACUUUGUGAUAAACGAAGCUCAGAAAUGUGAGCAGGACAAGCCAUUCAUGGUCCUUCUAGUUCACGUUGCGCCACUCAAUAGACGUUACCGAGACGUCAUCCGCAGCACAUGGGGAAGUGAGGACCUGGUUCACGAUAAGGUGGUAAAGGUGUUCUUCCUGCUGGGGGUGCAGACCGGAGAGGGAACGCAGGAUCUCCACCAGCAGCUGCUACAGGAGAGCAAAGAGCAUCGAGACCUGAUCCAGAGCGACUUUGUGGACUGUUACAAGAAUCUAACCAUCAAAACCAUGGUAAUGCUGGAGUGGCUGAACUCGUACUGCAGCAAUGUCUCUUAUGCCAUGAAAAUCGACUCAGACACGUUUCUGAAUAUGCCCAAUCUCAUCAGUAUACUCUUAGAAGCUCCAAGGACAAACUAUAUGACUGGUUUGUUGGUUCAUGCAGCUGGAGCCAUUAGAAAUCCCACAUCCAAGUGGUACAUGCCGGAGCAUGUUUACCCUCGGUCAUCGUACCCCACGUAUACUAUGGGUCUGGGCUACAUUUUCUCUCUGGACCUCCCUAAAAAGCUAAUUGAGGCAUCUAAACAUGUCAAAGCUCUUUACAUUGAAGAUGUCUACUUAGGGUUGUGUAUGCAGCACUUGGGCAUUGCUCCCACUAAUCCCCCAGGCAACGGUUACUUCCAUGAUCAUCCUUUGGAAUACAGUCGCUGUGGUUAUUCCAAGAUAGUAGUCACCACGAUUCACCCGUAUAUUGAUCGUGUGUGGCUUUGGGAAGACUUCAAAAGACCAGAUCCAUAUUGCUGAUAUAUCAAACAAAAAAUAAAAUGAAACACCAACUUGGGAAAAUAAUGUAUUGAAAACUUUGUGAGGGACCUGUGGAUAUGUUAAGUGUAUACCCAAGCUCCAACUUUUUAACUUCUGUGUGUAGGAAACGUUGCA